UGUGUCUCCAGGUCUCCGUCGGUGAACAAGGAGUUCGUCCUCAGACUGUCCCGUCUGUUGAAGCUGUUGUUUCCACGGUUACUGUGUCCAGAGAUAGGCCUGCUCGCUCUGCACUCGCUCACCUUGAUCUGCAGGACCUUCCUGUCCAUCUACGUCGCCGCUUUGGACGGUGUGAUAGUGAAGUGUAUCGUUCAGAAGGAUCCUCAGGCCUUCAUGCUGCAGCUCUCUAAAUGGCUUCUCGUCGCCGUCCCUGCGACCUUCAUCAACAGCACCAUCCGAUUCCUGGAGGGUCAGCUCGCCCUCCGCUUCAGGAGCCGAUUGGUCGACCACGCCUACCAGCUCUACUUCACCAACCAGACGUACUACCGCGUCAGCAACAUGGACGGCCGUCUGUCCAAUCCGGAUCAGUCUCUCACCGAGGACAUCGUGAUGUUUUCGGCCUCAGUCGCUCAUCUCUACUCCAACCUGACCAAACCCAUCCUGGACGUGGUGGUGACCUGCUACACGCUGCUGCGCACCGCCGAGUCCAAAGGAGCGAACACCACGUGGCCGUCCAUCAUCGCCGGCCUGGUGGUGGCGCUCACCGCCAAAGUCCUGCGCUCCUGCUCGCCGCGAUUCGGGAAGCUGGUGGCGGAGGAGGCGAAGAGGAAAGGAGACCUGAGAUACAUGCACUCCCGCAUCAUCGCCAACUCAGAGGAGAUCGCCUUCUACGGUGGACACAAGGUGGAGAUGGCCCAGCUGCAGAGCAGCUACAUGUCUCUGUCCUCUCAGAUCCACCAGAUCCUGCUGAAGCGUCUCUGGUACGUCAUGCUGGAACAGUUCCUCAUGAAGUACGUAUGGAGCGCCUCCGGCCUGGUGAUGGUCGCCGUGCCCAUCAUCACCGCCACGGGAUACUCCAAACACGACUCCGAGGAGGUGAAGCAGUUGGCUCUGGAGAUGAAGGAGGAGGAGCUGGUGAGCGAGCGAUCGCAGGCCUUCACCACGGCCAGGAACCUGCUCAACUCUGCAGCCGACGCCGUGGAGAGGAUCAUGAGCUCCUACAAGGAGGUGACGGAGCUGGCAGGUUACACAUCUCGGGUCUCUGAGAUGUUUGAUGUGUUUGAGGAUGUGAAUGCGGGCGUGUACCAUCGCUCUGCAGACAGAGAGGAGGUGUCAGCAGCAGGAGGAGGAGGAGGAGGAGGAGGAGGAGGAGGAGGAGGAGGAGGAGGAGGAGCUGUGGUUCAGCAUGGCCAGAGAGUCUGUGGUCGCCUGGAGAUGAGAGGUCAGGUGAUCAGUGUGGAGAAGGGGAUUCGCUGUGAGAACCUGCCAAUCAUCACACCGACCGGAGACGUGGUGGUUUCUAGCCUCAACAUCCAGGUGGACGAGAAGAUGAAUGUGUUGAUCACAGGUCCAAACGGUUGUGGGAAGAGUUCUCUGUUCAGGAUCCUCAGUGGACUGUGGCCUGUUUAUGGAGGAGUACUGUCCCGUCCAGAACCUCAGUACAUGUUCUACAUCCCACAGAGACCCUACAUGUCCGAGGGGACCCUCAGAGACCAGGUCAUCUACCCGGACUCGGUGGAGGACAUGGUUCAGAGAGGGGUCACCGAUUCAGAUCUGGAGGAGAUCCUUCGGACCGCCCACCUGCUCUACAUCCUGGACCGAGAGGGAGGUUGGGAGGCGGUCAGCGACUGGAAAGACGUUCUAUCUGGAGGAGAGAAACAGAGGAUGGGGAUGGCUCGUAUGUUCUACCACCGCCCUCGGUACGCUCUGUUGGAUGAGUGUACGAGCGCCGUCAGCAUCGACGUGGAGGGAAGUAUCUUCCAGGCGGCAAAGGAUGCUGGGAUAGCCCUGCUGUCAAUUACACACAGACCCUCCCUGUGGAAGUACCACUCUCACCUGCUUCAGUUUGACGGGGAAGGAGGAUGGAGGUUCGAACCUCUGGAUGCCUCCACUCGUCUUUCUCAGCAGGAGGAGAAACAACGUCUGGAGAAUCAGCUGUCCGGGAUUCCCAAGAUGCAACAGAGGCUGGCAUGAGCUGCGCCGCCCUGCUGGGG